AAGAUAAUGGAGUCUGGAAACCUUUCGAUGAUAAUCGAAUUUAUCUUGACUGGAUUCCCAACCAAACCAGAGUUGCAGCUGCCCCUGUUCCUCCUCUUCCUUGGCAUCUACCUGGUCACAGUGUUGGGGAACUUGGGAAUGAUCAUCCUAAUUGUGCUCAGCUCUGGCCUACACACACCCAUGUACUUCUUCCUCAGCAGUCUGUCCUUCAUUGACCUCUGCCAUUCCACUGUCAUUACCCCUAAAAUGCUGUUGAACUUUUUGACAGAGGAGAACAUCAUCUCCUACCCUGAAUGCAUGACCCAGCUCUACUUUUUCUCUCUUUUUGCAAUUGCAGAGUGUCACAUGUUGGCUGUAAUGGCAUAUGACCGCUAUGUUGCCAUCUGUAACCCUUUGCUUUACAAUGUUGUCAUGUCUCAUCAUGUCUGCUUCUGGUUCACAGUGGGAGUUUACACUUUGGGUAUUCUUGGAUCAUCAGUUCACACAGGACUUAUGUUAAAAUUGUUUUUUUGUAAGACCAAUAAAAUUAACCACUAUUUCUGUGAUCUUUUUCCACUCUUGGAGCUAUCAUGCUCCAGCAUAUACAUCAAUGAACUCUUGGUUCUUUUCUUGAGUGCACUGAAUAUCUUGACACCUGCAUUGACCAUCCUUAUGUCCUACAUCUUAAUCAUUGUCAGCAUCCUCCGUAUUCGCUCCACUGAGGGCAGGUCAAAAGCCUUUAGCACCUGCAGUUCCCACAUCUCUGCUGUUGCUCUAUUCUAUGGUUCUGCUGCUUUCACAUACUUACAGCCAUCUUCAGUAAGUUCAAUGAACCAAGGGAAAGUGUCAUCUGUGUUUUACACUACUGUUGUUCCCAUGCUGAACCCACUCAUCUAUAGUCUCAGAAAUAAGGAUGUCAAAUCUUCCAUAAAGAAAAUUCUUAACAGAUGA